AAACCAAAACCAUCAACUGAAUUCUUUUAGCCAUGAUGAUGGUUCCCAGAAUAUUUUCUUUCCUUCAGUUUUCCACUCUCUUAUAUCUCUUCAUAGUUACUUCUGCUUCCACUGAGGAAGCCACUGCUCUACUCAAUUGGAAAGCAACUCUCCUAAACCAGAAUCAUUCCUUAUUGGAUUCUUGGACAUUAAGUACUGAUGCAUGCAGGAAUUGGUAUGGAGUUAAAUGCUUAAAUGGUAGGGUAAACAUGUUGAAUAUUACAAAUGCUAGUGUCAUUGGCACACUCUAUGAUUUUCCAUUUUCAUCAAUCCCUUUUCUUGAAUUCGUUGAUCUUAGCAUGAACCAACUCUCUGGUACCAUCCCACCAGAAAUUGGAAAGCUCACUAAUCUUGUCUAUCUUGACUUGUCGAAUCAGCUUAGUGAUUCAAUUCCAAUUACUCUAGGUGACUUAACUGAGCUCAAAAUUCUGUACCUUUUCUCUAACCAACUUUCUGGUCUCAUUCCUAGUGAGUUGGGGAAUUUGAAAAACCUCACCAAACUGAAAUUAGACAAAAAUCAACUUAAUGGUUCAAUUCCAAUUACUCUAGGUGACUUAACUGAGCUCAAAAUUCUGUACCUUUAUUCUAACCAACUUUCUGGUCCCAUUCCUAGUGAAUUGGGGAGUUUGAAAAACCUCAGUGAUUUGGAAUUAUCCCAUAAUCAUCUUACUGGUUCAAUUCCAAUUACUCUAUGUGACUUAACUGAGCUCAAAAUUCUGUACCUUUAUUCUAACCAACUUUCUGGCCCCAUUUCUAGUGAGAUUGGGAAUUUGAAAAACCUCACGGAUCUGGAUUUAUCAGAGAAUAAGCUUAGUGAUUCAAUUCCAAUUACUCUAGGUGACUUAACUGAGCUCAAAAUUCUGUACCUUUUCUCUAACCAACUUUCUGGUCUCAUUCCUAGUGAAUUGGGGAGUUUGAAAAACCUCAGUGAUUUGGAAUUAUCCUAUAAUCAACUUAGUGGUUCAAUUCCAAUUACUCUAGGUGACUUAACUGAGCUCAAAAUUCUGUACCUUUAUUCUAACCAACUUUCUGGCCCCAUUCCUAGUGAGAUUGGGAAUUUGAAAAACCUCACGGAUCUGGAUUUAUCAGAGAAUCAGCUUAGUGAUUCAAUUCCAAUCACUCUAGGUGACUUAACUGAGCUCAAAAUUUUGUACCUUUUCUCUAACCAACUUUCUGGUCUCAUUCCUAGUGAGUUGGGGAAUUUGAAAAACCUCACCAAACUGAAAUUAGACAAAAAUCAACUUAAUGGUUCAAUUCCAAUUACUCUAGGUGACUUAACUGAGCUCAAAAUUCUGUACCUUUAUUCUAACCAACUUUCUAGUCCCAUUCCUAGUGAAUUGGGGAGUUUGAAAAACCUCACUGAGUUGGAUUUAUCAGAUAAUCAACUUACUGGUUCAAUUCCAAUUACUCUAGGUGACUUAAGUGAGCUCAAAAUAUUGUACCUUCAUCAUAACCAACUUUCUAGUCCCAUUCCUAGUGAAUUGGGGAGUUUGAAAAACCUCAGUGAUUUGGAAUUAUCCCAUAAUCAACUUACUGGUUCAAUUCCAAUUACUCUAGGUGACUUAAGUGAGCUCAAAAUUCUGCAACUUUUCUCUAACCAACUUUCUGGUCUCAUUCCUAGAGAGUUGGGUAAUUUGAAAAACCUCACCAUGUUGGAGUUAUUUGAAAAUCAACUUUCAGGUCAUUUGCCAGACCAGCUUUGCCAAAGUGGGAAACUUGAGAACUUCACGGUCGCUAGCAAUAAGCUAACAGGUCCAAUACCAAGUAGCUUGAGGAAGUGCUCUAGUUUCAAAAGGGUUCACUUUAAUAACAACAGUUUCACUGGGAAUUUAUCUGAAGUUCUUGGCAUCUAUCCAGAGCUUCAGUUCAUUGAUUUGAGUGACAAUUAUUUUGAUGGUGAACUCGGCAACAAUUGGGGGAAAUGCAAGAAUUUGACUAAUCUGCGGGUAGCCAGAAAUAACAUUAGUGGUAGCAUACCACCAAAGAUUGGAAAUGUCAAAGGGCUUCUUGGAGUUGAUCUUUCAUCGAAUCAUUUGAUUGGGCAGAUUCCUAAGGAAAUUGGAGAUUUAACCUCUCUGGUUAAAUUUUUUGUGCAAAACAACAACAUUUCUGGCAAUAUACCCGGGGAACUUGGGUCACUGACAAAAUUAGAGUCCCUUGAUCUAUCAGGUAAUAGAUUGAAUGGGUCGAUCCCAAUUUUUUUAGGAGAUUAUGUGCACUUGAUUUUUUUGAACCUGAGCAACAACAAAUUUGGAGAGAGAAUUCCAAUAGAGAUAGGGAGGAUGACUCAGCUUAAUGCACUUGAUUUGAGCCAUAAUCAUCUUGUUGGAGAAAUACCCCCUUAUCUAGCCAAUUUGAAGAGCUUGGUAAGCUUAAAUCUUUCCCACAAUGGCCUCUCUGGCCAUAUUCCUGAAGAACUUGAAAGUUUGACUGGUUUGCUAGAUGCCGUGUUGUCAUACAAUGAGUUGGAAGGUCCAAUCCCUAAUAAUAAAGCUUUUAUCAAUGCCUCCUUGGAGGGCAAUAAAGGUCUUUGCGGCAAUGUAACAGGACUCCAGCCUUGCGAAUGGCCAUCUUCUGUGGUGAAGAAGCAGACAGUGGCGAAGAGACGUAAACUCAUCCUCAUCACCGUACUUCCUGUUAUGGGAGCACUAGUACUACUCUGUGCUUUCAUUGGUGUUCUUUUUAUGUGUGAUAAAAGAAGGAAAGUUAUAGACGUUGAAAGACGUGAUGAUGGUUGUAUUUCGAUAUCCAUGUUAGAUGGAAAGGCAUUGUACAGAGAUAUCUUAAACGCCACACAGGAUUUUGAUGCUACAUUUUGCAUCGGGCAAGGAGGGUAUGGUAGCGUUUACAAGGUAAACCUUCCACCAUUAGGGAAUAUAGCUGUGAAGAGACUUCAUUCUUCAUUUGAGAAUAAACAUCCCAAAAGCUUUAUGAAUGAAGUAAGGGCAUUGAUUGGGAUUAAGCACCGGAACAUCGUGAACCUCUACGGCUAUUGUUCGAAUGCACAAAACUCGUUGUUGGUUUACGAGUAUGUGGAGAGGGGGAGUUUGUCUAGUAUUUUGAGCAAUGAAGUUGAGUCCAAGAAAUUGGAUUGGCUUAAAAGGGUGAAUAUCAUCAAAGGUGUUGCUUAUGCUUUAUCUUACUUGCACCAGGAUUGUUCACCAUCGAUUGUUCAUCGAGACAUAUCAAGCAGUAACGUUUUGCUUGAUUCUGAGUAUGAAGCUCGUGUUUCAGAUUUUGGCAUAGCUAAGCUUCUCAAGCCAGACUCAUCCAAUUGCACUACACUUGCAGGCACGUAUGACUAUGUUGCACCUGAGCUUGCAUAUACAAUGAGUGUUACACAAAUGUGUGAUGUCUAUAGCUUUGGAGUAUUAGUAUUGGAGAUAAUCAAAGGAAAACAUCUUGGGGAAUACAUUACUGUGCUAGCAAAUUCAUCGACUAGAGAUCAUGUGAAGCUUAGCGAUUUGCUAGACGAACGCCUUCCGUAUCCUGAAGAUAGAGUAAAAGAGGUUUUGUUUUUUAUCAUCAAGCUAGCAAGUUCUUGUUUGCUUGAAACUCCAAAAUUAAGGCCAACAAUGCACUUCAUCUCUAAUAGGUUAUCAUCAAUGAAUCCACGUCCACCUACUCAUGUAAGGCGAGCUAUAUAAUCCCUGAUAUGUGAGGUGUCUUUGUAUGAAAAUGAAUAAACUUUAAAACCAAGUGUUGUGAAGUAGUUUAUUUUGAUGUUAGUAUGAUACUUUCCAUGCCAAAAUUAUUACUGGGACUAGCAUUGUCGUAUUGUCGGGGUGUUUAUCUAGUUUAUUGUUUUGAGUGUAUCAUGUAGAAGGUAAUUUUUCCUUAUGCCAAAAACUAAUGAAAACAAACUUCAUUUU